AUGUCUGGCUUUAGCUUUACUCUUCCCGCACGGUUUCUUCUCGCGUGCCCCUCACGCGCUCUUCCUCUUCUUCAUCACACGAAGCUUCUUCUCCGCUGCAAAAUGUCUUCUUCUUCCUCCUCUCUGACUCAUUCCAUCACGCUUCCGAGCCAACCCACCAAGCCUGUCCGUGUCGCUGCGGCCGCGGGAGUCUCUUCCUCUGAUUUCAGGAAUGCUAUAGAUUCAUCUCUGUUCACGAAUUGGCUAAGAAACUUGGAAUCAGAGACUGGAAUUUUAUCUGAUGGGACUAUGACAUUAAAGCAAGUUCUUAUUCAGGGAGUUGAUAUGUUCGGAAAACGACUCGGCUUUCUGAAAUUCAAAGCUGAAAUCCUCGACAAGGAAACUGGACAAAUGGUUCCAGGUAUUGUAUUUGCAAGAGGACCAGCCGUGGCUGUGCUCAUUCUCUUGGAGUCUGAUGGUGAGACUUACGCUGUUCUCACUGAGCAGGUUCGUGUUCCGACCGGGAAGAUAGUUCUUGAAUUACCUGCUGGAAUGUUGGAUGAUGAUCAUGGUGAUUUCGUUGGCACUGCUGUUCGAGAGGUGGAAGAAGAGAUUGGUAUAAAACUGAAAAAGGAAGACAUGGUUGAUCUCACUGCUUUCCUUGAUCCAUCUACAGGCCACCGGGUUUUUCCUUCUCCGGGAGGUUGUGAUGAAGAGAUGAGUGUGUUUCUCUACAGAAGGAAAGUGGAAGUAGAGACAAUCAGAGAGCUACAAGGGAAAGAGACAGGACUGCGUGAGCAUGGAGAGUUUAUCAAAGUCAGGGUCAUUCCGUACAGAGAGCUCUGGCGCAGAACAGCUGAUGCUAAGGUUCUUAUGAGCAUUGGUCUCUACGAAAUGGCUCAGAGAGAUGGUCUCGUGCCUAGACACUGA